AUGCGGGGAGUGCAGAUUUUUUCUGGGACAUCCCAUCCUUUACUUGCUGAAACGAUCUGCGAACGCCUCGGGACUUUACCUGCCCCGGCGACGCUUGGAAAGUUUGCCAAUGGCGAGACGAGUGUCAACAUUGGCGUUUCGGUUCGGAAUCAAGAUGUAUACAUCGUUCAGAGUGGCAGUGGGAAGAUUAAUGAUAGCGUCAUGGAGUUGCUGAUCAUGAUCUCUGCCUGCAAGGGUGGCUCCGCAAAAUCUAUCACAGUUGCUGGAGUGGACCAUGUGAUAACUUUGGAUUUGCAUGCGUCACAAAUGCAGGGCUUCUUUGGCAAGCCUGUAGACAACCUGUUUGCCGAACCUUUCAUUGCCCGUUGGAUUCGCAUGAAUGUACCCGGCUGGAAGGAGGCUGUGGUUGUCAGCAAAAAUGCCGGAGGCACUAAGCGUGUCACCUCCCUAGCGGACACACUGAAACUGAACUUCGGUAUUGUCAACACCGACAGAAGACGCCCCAAGGUGUCUAUGACCAUGACGGACAGUACUGUCUUCUUCGAUUCCAUCGAUGAGGAAUGUACCCCUACUCCCAAAGAGCAGGACCCGUUUGUAGUACGUUUGCAUAGUGGGAACAAUGUAACCUCUGAGUCUGAAAAUUCCCAGAAGGUGCUUGUUAAUACCGCUUCAUUGAUCAAUUCACUGACGCCGGAAGUCCAGCCCGGUGCUCGGCGACCGUCCGAAUUAGAAGCUGUGCGUGAGUACACUGAUGUUCGGGUGCAGGAUGUCAUCACCGGAAGACUUGUACAAGGUCAGCUUGUGGAUGAUGAUUAUCCUUCGGCCACCACCUCCACCCCUCAAUCUGGAGAUGCCACUCCAGGACAGACCCACAACCAGGAAAAUCAUGAAUCCUCCCCUGAUCUGAUGGCGGAAUCUCUUAUAUCAAACCCAUCCUCCUUGACAGGUGACCAUGCCCUUGGUGGUUCAUUUGAUGCUGCUGAAUCGUCGGACGAGGAAGGAAGUGUUCGACGGGUUGCAGAGCAAGAAAAGACCAUUACGUUGGUCGGUGAUGUCCGUGACAGGACAGUAUUCAUUGUCGAUGACAUGAUCGACAAGAGUGGAUCAUGGAUUGCUGCUGCUGAGACAGUCGUCAAGAAAGGUGGUGCGAAGAAGGUCUACUGCAUCGCAACCCAUGGGCUUUUUGGAGAUGAGUCUCUUGAGCAAAUGGAGCAAUGCCAAUCGAUCGACCACAUCGUGGUGACCAAUACAUUUCCUGUGUCUCCACAGAUGAUGAAAAGAUCGAAGAAGUUGAUUAUCAUCGAUAUUUCGAGUCUUGUUGCGGAGAGUAUUAGGCGUCACCACUACGGCGAAAGUGUUUCGGCACUGUUCCAUCUCAAUGACUAA